AUGAUAUUGGUUUCUUAUCGUGAUCGAUACGGUACAUAUAAUCAUCUUACAUUACGUUUCCCCGAUCAUUUAAAUUCUCCGCAAACCGUACUUCGUCGUCAAGCGGGUCAUUCAUUCGAAUACGCGACAUUGUUGGUAUCGUUUCUUAUUGGAUCCGGUUACGAUGCUUACGUCGUUUCCGGUUAUGCAUCGCGAGAAAUUUGUCAAUUGGAUCAAACGAGAGUGGAAUGUCCAUUUUUGACAGAUGAAAAAACGGAAGAAACAGAAGAAGAAAUAGAAGAGGAUAGUAAAUAUUUUUUAAAAAAACCAGUCGAAUUAAAAAGUUUAUUUUUGGAAGAAAUGAAAUCGCGGGAAAUUCGUAAACAAUUAGAAGCACAAAGACUUCAAGAACUUGCAGAACUUGAAGCUAUAAAAGAAUUUGAAAAACCGUGGCCGGACCCAUUAGCCACUUGGAGAUUGCACGCUUGGGUCGUUGUUUUACCUUCCAAGGACAUCCUCGAGCCUAUUUUUAUCGAAACCACGACCGGAAAUGCAAAAUCUUUAAACGAUCCCGAAUAUCACGGCAUCGAAAGCAUAUGGAAUCACGAAAAUUAUUGGGUUUUGAUUAAAUUCAAUGAAAAAACGACGACGUGUAAGGAUAUUUCGUUUGAUUUAAACAAUCCAGAAAUAUGGGAAAGGUUGCUCAUCGGCGAACCCAUAAAAUUUAGAAAAUUUACAAAAGAGGGUCGCGAUACGAAUAACAACGAUGAUGAUGAUGAUGAUUUUAACGAGAUUUGCAUCAACGCUGAAAAACAUUUGGACAUGUCGGCUAGUUGGGUGGAUCUUUUAAAACUCUCACAUACCGUUUUCGAAAGGAGAUUUCCGAAGGGGAAAAAAGUUGUCAACUAUCGAAAAGCAAUUUCCGAACAAUAUCCGCCAUAUUUAAAUUCCGACGGAUUGGUCGAAAGAGUCAAACGUUACAACGAUUACGAUUGUUCCGAACCGUUGGAAAUAAGAGAAAAAUACGAGAAUAGACGGGAUUUUCUAUACUACAGUAUAAGAACCAUUUCCGACAAUUCCGUUUUGGAUAAAUUUUACAAAGGACGAGAAGAUGCCUUAAAAGAACAUUUUUAUUACUCUAUGGAUUCCGGAAUCGAAGUCUGUUUCAAAUUGAAAUUUUAUCACGAAGCAAGAUUUGACGCUCUCUCCGAAAUAAUAAUGGAUCCCCUAUUCAUGAUAAUGCGUUUCAAAGAGAGACCGGAUUUUUUACGUUACGUCCUCGUUAAUUUUGCCGAAAGAACGAAUCAAGCUCAACCGUUGAGAAGUAUUUUAAAAAUAACGGAAGAAUACGAUAGAAAUCCGGAAAAGGAUGCGGAUAAAGAUGUCGCCGUGGCCGAAUAUUAUUUUCCAGAAAGAAAAGUACAUUUGAAAUUUCACUACGAAGACGAAUACAUAACACAAACUCACAGAACGUUUUACAAGCCACAAUUUGCCGAACGGGGAGCACUCCUCAUGUUCGAUCCGUCAUUGACGACGGGUUAUUUGACGGGACCAUUGAAACCACAACCCAAACCCUUGUAUUUAAUAAGAUUAGAAAUUGAAUAUUUUAAACAGGAAGAAAUCGCAGAGAGUAAAAUACGGGAAAGGGAAAACGAAGUAAAAAUGAAUUUCCGAUUAAGAGCACAAGAAUUAGCAGCACCCAAAUUAAUGGUAUCAGUUUUUGAUACGGAAAGAAACGAAGAAGCUAAAAAAGCAUUUAAGGAAAAAGAACAACAAAUAAAAGAAAUGAAAGAAAGAGAAUUGGAAAUGGUUUGCGAUUUCUUAGCUCCCUACUAUGCCAAAUUACAAAUCGAUCCGAAAACUAUACUCCCACAUAAAAUCGCCAUAACCGUACUCAACGAUUUAUUAACGGAUUGGAAAAAUUUAUUGGUUUUCAGAGCCAACGACAUACAAAGACAAUUCGAAAAGACUUGUCAAGAAUUCAACGAGAAAAAUAAUUGGUACGAACAAAAUCAAAGAGCCAUAACGAAAGAACAAGAAGAAGAAUAUUUUGAUUAUUGUAGAAAAAAAUCAUAUUACUUACACACGCUGGAAGUCAGGUUAUUACGUCACAAAGAAUUGGCUCCGAAAAGAUAUGCCGCCAUAAAUGAAUACUUGAAAAACGAUCCGAGAAUGGCACUCGCCUUUCGAAAAUUUAAAACAAAAUUAUCUACUUAA